AUCAAACACUCUUUCGUAUCUCUCUCUCUCUCUCUCUGUGUGUUUUAUACAGAUUCUAAAACCUGAGUCUUUAUUUUUUAAAAAUUACAAACUAACCCCAAUCCCACUAAAACUCUUCUUUAUCCAUCUCUAUAAAACCAAUUACUUACGAUCAUACACAUCAAACUGUUCUGUUCAACUUCUUUUAUAAUCUCAUAUCAAACACUCUUUCUUGAAUCACUCAAACUUAUCUUCAUCUUUUGUUUCUCUCUCUCUUUGGUUUCCCUAAAUCCAAUUCAAUUCACAGUACCAGUCAGCCUUUUGGUGCUGUCUCAGCUUCGAUCAGGAAUCAUUUACGUCGUUCAAAACUUAGUGAAAAAGUUCCUUUAUUGGCUUUCUAUCAUCUUGUCUCGGCUCCCUCUUUGGCUGAGGGAAGAUGUAUGGGAAUCAAAUCAGAAGCUAAACCAACCGUUAAACGUUCGACACUUUGGUUCUUGAAUCCUCUCUCUACCGGUUUCCUUGAUCCUUUUGAAGGUGUACCCGAAAAAGGUGUCAAACGUAAACCCAAGAAUCCAAACACCAACACCUUGAAUCCGAUCUCGAUUCCUACCAGUUCUAAUCCGACUCCUCUUGCCACACCUAAUCUGACGCCUACUUCACCUCAACCUUCUAAUCAUACUCAAUCUACCGGAAUGAAGAUCAAAUUGAAAUGGAGUGGUGCUUCACUUCAGAAUGAUACUUCUACAAACUCGUCUCAUGAACCGAUCCCUUCCACUUCAACCACACCUUAUCGAUCCUCUAAUCUUCGAGUGAACAUUAAACUUAAUCCUAAUCGAACCUCACUCACACCAGAAACAAUUGAAGAAGAGAAACCUAAUCUGUUAUCACUCUCUCCGGCUUCUUGUGGUCAUACAUCAGAUUCAGAUCAAUCAAGUGAAUCAUCAGAUGAUCAUACAAAAUCAAUCGAAGUUUUUCAAGGUUUGAUCAGACCUUCAUCGAUCCAUCGACGAAAACCCAAGAAUUUGUGUUACAAGACUAAUCCAAGAACUCAAAGAUUAUCAUCCAUCUUUUCAACUUUUUAUCCACCCUUGUUUGGAAGUUUUAAUAAAACAGAUGAACCGAAUCAUUCGAGAGAAGAAGAUUUGAAAGCUAACAACAAGACUACCACCGAAGAAGAUGGAAUGUUGGUAGAUCAUGAGCUUUGGCCGGCUGUGAAGAGUAGUAGUCGAGAAUCUGGAAUUCUGAUGGUUAGAAGGGAAGAAAAGGAAAUUGAAGAGAUUGAAGAAAUCGAAUCAGAUGAAGAAGAAGAUAGUGAUAGUAGGCUCUCAGCCGAACCGGAAGAUUAUGCCGAGAUGAUGGUCAGUAGGACAGAUGAAUGGGAUCGAUGGCGGGAAAGAAGGAAGAGUGAUGAAGGAGGUGAGGAUUCGAAUUUCAAUACGCCUAGAUCUUUUUCUUUGAUUCAUUCUCGUCGAGUCUCAGGAGUUGGAAUCCUUGAGGGAGAAGCCAAUCUGUCUUAUUCCAAAGAAGAUGAAACUCAUCAUUGGAGAAGAGAAAGGACCAAGAGUGGUAAAUGGGUUUCGAAUCAGAUGGGAUUUGGUUCGAAUCAAGAUUUGAAUGUGACGCUAUUAGAGGAUGAAGUUGAGAUGGGGAAUUCAGAAGUUGAAAGGAUUGUUUCGAAUGAAGAUCAGAGGAUUGGAAUGGGUGGUCCUAGUUUGAUCAACUUUCGUGAUGAUCCACAAGCUUUGGUUGAUUUGGAUUCUUCUAUCAUCACCGAACCUAUCACGUUGAUCGAGCAAGUACCAUCAAUCUUUGAUGACUUGAAUGAAGAACCCAUCAUGGUUGAAAGACCACCAGACCGACCCCAAGCAGCAUUAGAUCAAUCCUUAACUUCUUUAGCUGAUAAACUAGGCUUCACAUCACUUUGUGAAACCCGAGGAGAAUCAUCGUUUGAUGAACUUGAAGAAAGUUUAUCAGAAGAUGAAAGUGAAUGUAAACCGAUGUUAAGUAGUGGAUCUGAAAGUGAAUCUGAAUCCGAUUUGAAUCGAAAUCGAAUUCGAAAGACGUAUGAAUUAGAUGAAGAAGGACAAGAAAGGAUUCUUAAACGACUUAAACUUGAUUUGGUUGAAAACUUGGAUCAUAGAUCAUCAUCAUUAUCAUCAUCAUCUAUUCGAAGUUGUUCAUUACCACCUAUGAUGUCUUCACCACUUUCACCUUUAUUAUCAUUUGAUGUCUCACAUCAUCAUGAACAUGCUUUUUCAUUUGAUGGAAUCGAAUCCGAUGAAGAAUUGGUGGUUGUUGAAGGAGAGGAUGAUAUUGCAUUAGAAGAAUUAGAUGAGGUAUGGAAUCAAACUAAUCAUAUUGAACCAGACCUUAAACCCACAAGUAAUCCAAAAGAAUCCGACAUUCAAAUCAAAGAAGAAGAACCCAUGACUACCAUUACUGGUUUAUCAUCAUCAUUAAGUUCAUCAGAAUUCUUGACUUCAGCAUCUAAACCUAAAAAGUUUAUGAUUUCAGAAGAAUCAAGUAGUAGGACGACAACAAGUUUAAAGAUGAUGAAGAUUUGGAAAUCUGUUUUGGAUUCUCAGAUUGGUGAGGUUUAUGUUUUGAAGUUGAGUUUGAUGAUGGAUUUUAAACCGUUUAGGACACGUAAGUUUGGGAAUGAUUGGGUUUUGAUUAGAAGGAUUGAAGAUGAUUUGGUUCAUUUACCUUCUUUGAUUGGAAUCUUAAAGAUUGAAGAAGAAGAAAUCGAAAAGAUUAUUGAAGAAGAAAGUGAAAAGAAUGAUGAUCGUCGGAUGAAGAAUCAGGGAAGUGGAAGAUUUUUUUUACAAGAUUGGAUUGGAUUGGAUCAGGCUCAGGAGAUUGUGGAAAGGUUUGAAUGUAUUGUUUCUACUGAAGAAGUUGGGGUUGUUAAACGCUUCUUGAGUUUGGUGGUUGAUUUAUGGAUUGUUUGAGAGAUUCUUUGGCUUGGGUUUUUUGGAGAUGUGAUGGGAUGGGAGAAUGGGAGAAGAUGGGUUUGGUUCUAAGAGUUGGGUUUGGGUCUCUGACUUUUUUUUGAGUGAUGAGUGAAAGGGUUUUAGAUUUUAGAUUCUUUAGAAGUGAAGAAGAAGUAGAAGUGAAAUUCAAUAUCACCCUUCUUUUUCUUUUGAUUUUUUUUUUUUGAUUUUUUUUUCUCAUUUAUUAUUUACAAACACUAAAAAUGAAAAAGAUGAAAAGAAGAUGAUAAUGACAUUUUUUUUUCUUUGGUUUUAUAC